GUCUAGCUCAUGUGAGUCACACAUCCCUAUGCGAAAUACCAAUCCAAUAAUUCACCUCCAAUAAUUGUCAAUGCCACCAACACAACAGUUGAUGCAUAUAUGUGUGUGUAUAUAUAUUUCCAUAGCCCCUUGGUGCAAAAACCUUUUACCUCUAAACCUUCUAUGUUCUCUAAUAUGUGGAGCAACAUCCCCUCUGAUCUCCUAGCAAAUGUCUUCUCCUUCCUCCCGCCAGACUCUUUAGCACGUGCCAGGUCAGUUUGCCGCUUUUGGCACACGUGUGCCGACAUUUAUACCUCAUACCCAGCCCCACCGGGGAGGCGGCGCCACCCAGCUUGGUUCAUAGCCCUGCCCACGCGCAGCCGUGGACUCUUUUGCUAUGCUUACAAUCCGAUCAGCGACAAUUGGCACGUGCUCUCUCUCGAAUUUGUUCCUGGCACGGUCCGGCCUAUUGCUCAAAUUGCUGGCCUCGUGCUCUUUAGACCCACAAGCACCACAGCCCUCCAAUUAGCCAUAUGCAACCCUUUUACUAGGCAAUACAGGCCCCUCCCAAUCCUAAAUAUCACAAGGACCAAUCCUGUUGUGGGCGUGAUUGAGUUGGACCCGGCCCAACAUGGUCCAAUUCCUUACUUUAGGGUCUAUGUGGCCGGAGGGACGUCUGAAGCGCCAAGUGGAGGAGCAUCAUACGAGCCCACAUUGGAAAUGUACGAUUCGCAGCAUGACACGUGGCAAAUGAUCGGAUCCAUGCCGGUGGAGUUCGCGGUGAGGCUAACGGUCUGGACCCCCAAUGAGAGUGUGUACUCCAAUGGGGUCCUAUAUUGGGUGACCUCGGCCCGGGCCUACACCGUAAUGGGCUUUGAGAUUGGGACAAACAAGUGGACCGAAGUGAGCGUGCCAUUGGCGGACCUGCUCGAGUUUGCCACGUUGGUACUGAGAAAUGGGAAGUUGACACUUGUCGGUGGCACGAGUGGUAGAGAUGCGUGCAUAUGGCAGCUUGGUGAUGGUGACACUUGGAGGUUAAUUGACAAGGUGCCAGUUGAAUUAGGGUUGAGAUUUUUAUGUGGGAAGGGGAGCUGGGGUAACACAAAAUGUGUGGGUAUUGAUGGGGUAGUGUGUUUGUAUAGAGUCCUUGGGUCAGGAAUGAUUCUUUGGAGAGAAGCAGUUGAUAAAGGCAAGUGGGAAUGGUUUUGGGUUGAAGGGUGUUUUUCCAUGAAAGGCAAACAAGUUCAAAGUUUUCCAAUCAAAGGAGUGCUUCUUCACCCAAAUCUCUCCCCUUCAUGUAUUCUUAAUUAAUGCCACAAAGUUUCACUUGUUUUCCAA